AUGACGGCUAAGAACACGGCAUUUGCUCGUUUGUAUGAGGAGCUCGGGAGCAAAGGCGGGGAAAAGAGGUUGUACCGAUUGGCCAAGGUAAGGGAGAGGAAAGCCAAGGUUGGUAGGACAAAUAGUGAGGCUGAUAAAGUCACUAUAAAAUUAGAAGAGCAAGAGGGAGAACAAGCUCAAGAGGGAGGAACAGAGGAAGAUGAUGAAGGUAAGCUUGAUAAUGAGAAUGACUCAGAUUUUGAUAGUUCAUCUAGGUCUGAGAGUGGUGGAGUUGAUGUAGAUGUUCAUGAUGAUAAUCACUAUGGCUCUGAUGUACAUAAAGAUUUUAGGGAGUGCAAGGAAGUGUUAAGGAAGUUUGAUGAGUUGAGGACUGAGAGCAAUGAAAAAAGGUAUGAAGGAUUAGUUGGAACUGAUGAGCCAUAUUUUGGUUCUUCUGAUGCUCAAAGUUUUGCUUCAGAUGAGGAAAACGAGUUUGAUGAAGAAUACAAGAGAAAACUUGAUGCAAAGAAGAGAAAAAGAGGUUUUACUCCUGCACAACCUACACCUAUUGCACAUAAUUCUACUACCAAAGGAAGAGGUAGAAAAAAUAUUCCAGCUACUGGUUAUGGUAGGGGAAGAGGGGUUGGAAGAGCUAUGGAAAGUUCUGGGAUUGGUGUAUUUCAAGAUGGCUCUGGGAUUUGGGACCGCAAGUGCGACGCCGCAAAUGCAGAAGAUUUGUUGCAGAAGCGGAAUUAG